AUGAAAACUCUGAUACUCGCGCCGUUCCUAUUGUCUCUUGGACAGACGAUUGUAGGAUCUAUGGAUGUACCCAGGAUGGGCAAGAUCCUACUCGACCUUGACAUUUCUGGAGGUAAACAAAAUUAUAUUACGGUUUCAAUGUCCAAGAAUUUUCAGAACGGAAUUAAUUACUCUAUUAAUAAGUCUGUGUCUCACCAAUUUGCUUUGGGAAAUAUACUGGAUAACGGUGAACUUGUGUUCCCCGGAGAUCCCACGGUCAUGAACAGACACGUAUUAUUGGUUCCUAGAGAAGAUGGUACAAACUACCUCAGGAUAAUUACAAGAUACAAAGAGCAUGGUAGCUAUCGUACAUCUAUUCAUGAGUUUGUAAGAACUCCUUCCGAUCUCCACUACAACCAGAUAUCUAGAAAUCCCUUUGACAUUGAUAUACUAAAUCAUGAUAGCGAUGAAUUCGUAAGUGCCGAGAUUCUAGUUAAUUGGCAAAAGCACAAUGAGGGUGUAGCAAAUGGAAGGGCUACCAUGGAUACGCCAGAAGAUUUGGAGACGAUGCCCAUGAAGUUUACCAUUCAGAAAAACAUGCAGGACAAACUGUUCAUAGGAAGAGUAUUCUUCAAUGGCAAAAUAGUGGACGACAAAACUGAUGGACUAUUGAGCAGAGACGUUACCUGGGAGGGAGGACUUGACAUGCCAAGGAUUAUCAUUCUGUCAAGAUAUAAUGAUGGCACACGGUUACUGAUCAGAUAUGAUGUUAUAUCCGGCGAAUUUAUAGUUAAAGGUAUUAACAAACUUCCUACUUACGAGGCAAUGACGUGA